AUGGCUGACCAGCUGACUGAAGAGCAAAUUGCUGAGUUCAAGGAGGCAUUUUCACUCUUUGACAAAGACGGUGAUGGCACCAUCACCACUAAAGAGUUGGGAACAGUCAUGCGCUCUCUUGGACAGAACCCCACUGAAGCUGAGCUCCAAGACAUGAUCAAUGAGGUGGAUGCAGAUGGUAACGGUACAAUUGAUUUUCCCGAGUUUCUGACCAUGAUGGCGAGGAAGAUGAAAGACACAGACAGCGAGGAGGAAAUCAGAGAGGCCUUCCGAGUGUUUGACAAGGAUGGAAAUGGUUACAUUAGUGCUGCAGAGCUACGACACGUCAUGACCAACCUUGGGGAAAAGCUGACCGAUGAAGAGGUGGACGAGAUGAUCCGCGAGGCCGACAUUGAUGGCGAUGGUCAGGUCAAUUAUGAAGAGUUUGUCCAAAUGAUGACCGCCAAGUGA